AAAAGAGAGAGAGAGAGAGAGAGAGAGACAGAUCGGACCAGGAAGCUCUGUGCGAGUGCGGAAAAGGUUUUUCCCCGUUGAGAUCCGAUCCGACCAUUCGACGAUGUCAUCGACGUUCAGCGGCGACGAAACGGCACCGUUCUUCGGCUUCCUCGGGGCCGCGGCUGCUCUCGUUUUCUCCUGUAUGGGAGCAGCAUAUGGAACGGCUAAAAGUGGUGUGGGUGUGGCAUCAAUGGGAGUUAUGAGGCCCGAGCUGGUUAUGAAGUCAAUUGUUCCUGUUGUCAUGGCUGGAGUGUUGGGUAUUUAUGGGCUUAUUAUUGCUGUUAUUAUAAGCACAGGGAUUAAUCCAAAGGCCAAGUCAUAUUACCUCUUUGAUGGGUAUGCACACCUUUCAUCUGGUCUGGCUUGUGGUCUUGCCGGACUUUCAGCUGGUAUGGCGAUCGGAAUUGUUGGUGAUGCUGGUGUCAGAGCUAACGCGCAGCAGCCAAAACUCUUCGUUGGAAUGAUCCUCAUCCUCAUUUUCGCUGAAGCUUUGGCCCUUUACGGUCUUAUCGUGGGCAUCAUCUUGUCUUCUCGAGCAGGCCAGUCCAGAGCGGAGUAAGGAGGGAACUGCUGAACCAGGCCAGGAUUUUGUCAGCAUCUCUCAUGAGAAAAUUAUCUCUCCUGUUUGCCGUUUUGGGAUGGUAGGAUAGCCCUCUAAGUGCCCUUUGAAGUUCUUCCGUAGAAGUGGUUAUUCUGCCAGUCCUGAGAGUUGCUCUUGGUUAGUUUUCCCCCAGAAGUAUUCUCUCCGAAAAAUAAAGGAUAUUGAACCUGUCUUAUGUCAUCUAUUGGUCUUAUUAUUACUGUUGAAAGUAGUAUUUGACUGGUGCGCGGCCAUCUUGUUUCAACUGUUUAUUUACCUUAUGUCUUUGUUAUGUACAACAUGUUCUCAGAUCCUCAAAUGUUUUUAUCGCCGUUC